CUAACUAAUUGUAUUAAGCAAAAGCACUAACAAAUUAGUAACAAAUUAGUAAGAAGUUAAACCAAACUAUUGUAAUCUAGAUUUGAACUAUUUCAUCAACGAGCUAACAAACCAAGCAGCCUUCACUGCAAUUCACCAUAACAAUCCCUGUAUGUUCCUUUGAAAUUUUGUUCUUUCUGUUUUCAAGAAAGAUUCGGGAGUCAUUUUAUCUGUCACUCACAGACUCACAGUCUUAGGUUAAACGAAAAGAGCUCAAUUGAAUUCAGAGCCCAUAUUUGAUAAGUAACACACACAGUGACAGAAGAUAGCAAUUGCAGCUAUCGACCGUCCACAACGUCGGUUAUGCUUCUCAGUGGCCGCCUCAUGCUCAGGUCUCUAUCUCUUGCGUCAUCACCGGCAACCCCUUCCCUUCAAGAAAUUGCCUCUAACCACCCUGCAGGUGUUGCAAAAGUAGUGCUUAAAAAGGGCAAGACACAACUAUUUAAGGAUGGAAGUCCAAUGGUUUACAGUGGUGCUAUUGAUAGAGUAAUUGGUAGACCACCGCCCACCACUGGGGAUAUUGUCCUUGUUGCUGAUGGCACUGAGAAACCAAUUGGCUGGGGAUUUUACAAUUCUACUUCUAUGUUCCGUGUCCGCCUCAUGCAGCAAGAAGAGGAAACAACACUAGACCCUUCUUGUGCGCUUAAUGCGGAAAAGCUACUGGAAACAAGAAUUGCAGCUGCUGCAGAGUUGCGUAAGAAUCUAGGGCUUCCGUCUGCUCACACAAAUGCAUAUCGUCUUGUUAAUAGCGAAGGCGAUAGACUAUCAGGCCUUAUUGUUGAUAUCUUUGGAGAUUUAGCUGUAAUAGCUUCAUCAGCUGCUUGGGUGCAGAUAUACCAGCAUCAGAUAACGGAUUGUUUGAGUAGAUUAAAUAAUAUCAAACAGAUAAGCUGGAGGCCAACUGUUGAAAUCUUGAAAGAAGAAGGCUUAGAUCUUUCUGAUUUGAAAAAAACAGAUCUAAUCAUACCUCAAACUAGGGUAAAGGUUAUGGAGAAUGGAAUUUCAUAUUGGAUAUCCUUGGAUGGCCAAAAGACAGGGUUUUAUGCCGAUCAACGUGAAAACCGUUGCUUCUUAUCUACCAUUUCAGAGGGUCGUAGAGUUCUUGACAUAUGUUGCUACACCGGAGGUUUUUCUCUGAAUGCAGCAUCUGGCGGUGCUUUGGAUGUUAUCGGUGUUGAUUCAUCUUUGCCUGCAUUGGAACUUGCCAAAGAAAAUGUUGCAUUAAAUGGCUUGGAUUCCCAAAGGAUAUCUUUUCUGCGAGAAGACGCAACUGAGUUCAUGAAGGCUGCUGUUUCUAGAAACGAAUCGUGGGACAUAGUUAUAUUGGAUCCUCCUAAAUUGGCGCCUCGGAAAAAGGUCUUAAAGAGUGCGUCUGGCAUGUAUAGGAAUUUGAACUAUUUGGCCAUGCAGUUGACAAAAAGAGGUGGUCUCCUAAUGACCUGCUCAUGUUCUGGAGCUAUGACCCAAAGUGGACUGUUCUUCCGCAUUCUUCAGGGUGCUGCAUCAAUGGCUGGGAGGAAAAUCACUGUUGUACGUCAGGCAGGAGCAGCAUGUGAUCAUCCAAUUGAUCCUGCCUAUCCAGAGGGAACAUAUCUCACGAAUAUCUUGCUUAGAGUGUUGUAGAUCUUUUUGUAUAUCGAAUGAACCCCUUGUUUACUAAUGGAAUACAGCAAGUUCAAGGUGUAAGUUAAAAUGCCAUUUUUUUUCCGUUUUGAGAUUUCUUUUUCUUUUUC